CACAACAAAUCCUUAACACACCCCAAAAAUUCAAACUAACCUUGAAUUCUCAUCCACUCCACAAAAUUCAACUUGAAGCUUUUUUGAUAUGUAAAAACAGUAUUCCAAUCAAACACUAAACGCCAAAAAACCAUCCCGUUAAAACCAACUCCCCUUUCUCCAUAACCCAAAGCCAACGGCAAAGAUACUAUAUAAACAUCGUAUACUCCACAACACAACAUACUCCAGCUCAUACAUAUGUUACAUAGUUCUAUACCUAUAUAUAUAUACUCCAUCCUUGUUUCUUCAGACCAUAGAUUAUAUCAAUCAAUUUUGAUUAUAAUAUAAUAAAACAACCAACAUGGGCUACUCUAGAGGUGAUUCAGCAUCAUGGUAUUGUGCAAUAGCGUUAUUGGGUAUAAUAUUGUUAGGAUCAAUAAGAGAAAGUACUGUGGCUGAAUUAGAAGAAGUAAGAGGGAACCACCUUAAUGAUCACAAAGCAUGUGACGAGAUAUAUGUGGUUGGAGAAGGUGAAACACUAAACACAAUCAGUGAAAAAUGUGGUGACCCGUAUAUUGUGGAGCGGAAUCCACAUAUCCAUGACCCGGAUGAUGUUUUCCCUGGUCUUGUCAUCAGAAUCAUCACACCAAACAAUACUAGGAAAUUGUUGAAGACAUAGAUACAGAAUAUUUACUCAAUUAGUCAUCUAGUAAGUUCUGUUUUUGUUGUUGUUGUUGUGAUUGUAUACAGAUUUUUUAAAGAUACAAUAGGAGGAAAAUUAAAAAAACUUAAUUGUUUGAUCA